UCAGCUGUCAUGAACUUGGACUGGAUAUCUGUUUGUAAACAAACAGUACUCCUUUGAACAGUUUCGGAUUUAAGUGCGUUUUCGGAUUAGGACGUUUUUAGAAUUAUGAGGGAGUUCUGUCGGAUAUGCUUCGAAGCUGCAAGUCUUUUUUCAAUUUUCAACGAAUCCGAUGACGAGCGCAUAUGUGAUAAAAUACAGCUCAUAGCGAACGUUCAGAUAAACCAAGAAGACAAUCUUCCACAAUAUAUUUGCCUACAAUGCUUGGGUAAAGUUGAAGGUUUUGUAGAAUUCAGAAGGAAAAUUGAAGAAAGUGAUGAGCAACUUCGGAACGGUUUCAGUCAUGCCGAAGGCACAGAAGAAUGCGUUUUCGAGCUGGAAAUAGUCCCUGACAAUGAUGACUCGAUAGCUGAACAAGACACAGAGUACCUGGCAAUGAAUGGAGAUGAUCAAGACGCUGCCACCGAUUUUGAGGAGGCAAACGACCCUGCAAUGAACUCUCAAAUCCAAAGCGUAACUAUUGAUGGAAGCCAACCAGCGAACUUUGAAUCCUCCCGGCUGAUAAGUAGGACCUCAAUAAAUUUCUUUCAAUGCGAUAUCUGCGACAAAUUAUUCACAACAAAACUCCGCCUGAAAUCCCAUAUUCGCCAGCACCAAGACGAAAAACGGUUUCACUGCGAAAUCUGUUCAAAGAGUUUCACAGCCGCCUACAACCUUCGAGUUCAUCAACGACUCCACACUGGCGAAAAACCCCACAAAUGCAACUUUUGCGACAAAGAAUUCUCUCAAUCCGCCGGGCUGAUAGCCCACGAACGCUUACAUACCGGCGAGAGCCCCUUCGAGUGCCAGGUGUGUUCGAAGAAAUUCAAAACUAGUUCGCACUUAAAAUACCACAUGGUAAAGCACACGGGCGAGAAGAACUACAUAUGCAUCACGUGUGGUAAAGGAUUUGCAGGCAAAAGCGAUCUCAUCCAACACGGGAGAACACACACCGGGGAACGACCGUACGGAUGCACGGUUUGCUCGAAGAACUUCCUGCGAAUGUACCACUUGCAGCGGCACAUGCUGACCCAUUUCAACGAGAAAAAUUUCAAGUGUGAGAUUUGCGAUAGUUGCUUUACUCAAAAAUACGACCUCAAACGACAUAUGCGGACCCACAAAAACAAGGAGACGGAGUUAGUGGAUAGUUUGUGACGACUUUAUUUCUACUCUGCCUGCCAGUCUCGCUACAGUACCUAAUAGAGAUUAUUUGGACACUACGUCAUAUUUGCCUGCGACCGAUAAGCCUGAAUGAAGCAUCCUUUGAACGAGUUGAGUCUUACAUCGAUCUCUCCUUCCUCGAGCUGAAAUCAAAUCCAACAAUUAAACAUUCCCCAACGCCCAGGCAAGCUUACCUCAUCAAAUUGGUAAAUUUCGUGGUAGCAGGACGGCGAAAUGCAUUGCCGUGUGCAGCGGACCCUUUCAACCCCAUUCAAAGUAUCACAACGUGGACUCUGCUCACAUGAUGUCUCGAACUCUCGAAAAGUCAGCUCCUAGGAUGAGAAAAUAGUUAAAUCUUUUAUUAAUAAACUCAAGACAUUCCGGCGUA